AGAUUCCAUUAUUCAUACUCCUCUCUCUCUCUGUUAUUACGAUUCUGAUUCUAUUUUUUUCUCUCAACGAUGGGCCACGAACCAAUGGCGACAGAGACAACGCUCGUGUUCUCAUACGGAACCCUAAAGAGAGGUUUCUCCAACCACGUCCUGAUGCAAGAUCUGAUCCGAUCUGGCGACGCUUCUUUCAAAGGAGUCUACCAAACCUUAGACAAAUAUCCUCUCGUAUGCGGACCCUACCGUGUCCCUUUCCUCCUCAACAAGCCUGGAUCCGGUCAACGCGUCACGGGAGAGCUUUACGCUGUUUCUCCACGCGGUUUAUCCCGUCUCGACGAGCUUGAAGGGAUCAGUCGUGGACAUUACGUCAGACAACAGAUCCGUCUCUUGAAGGAAGGAGAGGAAGGAGAUCUUGAAGCAGAGGAGUCGUGCGUGGUGGAAGCGUAUUAUGCGCAUAAGAGCUAUGAGGAGGAGCUUUGGGAGAGGAAUAGAAGGAGGUCGUUUGGCGCGUAUACGGAGAAGGAAGCGCGUGGUUAUGUGAAGCGGAAUGAUAGGCCGCAGCAUCUUACCUUCUUGGAUCAUAUCCGUAUUUUCGUUUCUUCUCCAUGUGACUGAUUUUAAUUUUUUUUCUUUUCAUCUAUCGGAAAAGAAAAAAAAGAUUAGUUAUUAUUAUUACAUAUUUUAUAGGUCCCACCGGUCCGUCCGUAGUCCGUACAACGGUUGUCGUUCUGUGAUUGUUGUUUGGAUGUAAAACAUUAUAAGUCCUCUAUCUCAAUAACAGGUUGUCUUAUGUUCUGUUUCGGAAUCGAAUCUGUGUUUGUUGUCUAUAAUAAAUGACUCGUGUAGUCGAUUUAUCUGAUAACAAUUUUUAAGAUCU